AUGGACAAGCUCAAGUUGGCUCAAUGGGGAGAACGCUUGCGCACUGGCGGUGCUCAGAUGAGCUGGGUUGUGGGUGAUAAGAUGAAGGAAAUUCUGCAGGCUCCGACUCCCGAAUCCAAGAUGGUGGACGAGGCCACAACGGAGACCCUGGCGGAGCCGAAUUGGGGAUUGAAUUUGAGGAUAUGCGCUCUGAUCAACAGUGAGGAGUUUAAUGUUGCUUCAGAGAAGGCCUUGGAUGAGAUGAUGAAGAUGAUUGACAACCUUUUGUCUGAUCCGGCGAAUGGGAAUAGGGCCUCACAGUUGAUUGCAGCUUGGGGUGAAUCCGAGGAUCUAGAGUAUCUGCCUGUUUUUCGGCAAACUUACAUGAGCUUGAAAGAAAGAAGUAUGUUAGCUGAUGGAAAUGCACCUCCGAUGCAAUACUCGCUGGAGUCGUAUCUCGAUCACCAGCCUCUAUCUCCUCCUGGAAGCUAUCCUGUUCCUGAUUCAGGAGUGCCGCCUGGCUUUGAGCAUGCUACCUUCAGAGAGAACUAUCAUGGACUAUCAGUGGAAGAAAAGAAUGAAGUUAUUAUGGUUUUAACUAUUAGUGUUCCAACAUUUAUCCAGGAGGAGCUAACAGUGAGCUUGUUCGAGAAGUGCAAGCAGUCGCAGGCUGUUGUGCAAAGGCUUAUAGAGAGCACCACUGAUGAUGAGGCGAUGCUGUUUGAGGCCCUCAAUCUCCAUGGCGAACUCGAUCGAGUCAUCUCCCAAUAUAAAGAUAUGGAAGCUGGCUUACAGUUUGCCGAGCAAUCGGCUAAAACUCCUGAAACUUCGUUGAAGCCUGAUCCGGCAGUUAUUGUUGUGAAUCAGGAUAAUGCGAAGUCAGUAGAUCAGCCAGACAAUGGUGUACCACCGAAUCAAAGCGAUGGGAGAGAGCAAUUAUCGACUUCAGUGCUGGGAACUGAGAAGUUGGCGUAG